AUGGGCACAUCAACACUUGGAACACGACUCAAGGACAAAGUCUGUAUCGUGACAGGCUCCUCUUCUGGGCUCGGCCGUUCGAUAGCACUAGGCUACUCACGUGAAGGAGCCUUGCUUGUCUGCGCAGAUCUACAACAGGUUGCACGUGCAAACGUGAAUAGCGAAGAAGACAUAAGCACCGAUGAACUGAUCAGACAUAAGGGCGGCAAAGCUAUUUUUGUACAGACAGAUGUUAGCAAAAGUACUGCUGUGGAGGAACUCAUCACUAGAACAGUGAUCCAGUUUGGCCGAGUGGAUGUAUUGGUCAACAACGCGGGCAUCUCGAUCGAGGCAGGCAAGACACCAUGCAGAAUUCACGAAACUCCAGAAGAUUGGUGGGACUUGACCAUGGCUGUCAACCUAAAAUCAAUCUUCUUGACCAGCAAGCAUGCCAUUGCUCAGAUGCUGAAACAGGAGACGAACGAGUCUGGCGAUCGUGGGUGGAUCAUUAAUAUCUCAUCCAUCUUUGGUAUAGUUGGAGGAUAUACCGUCCCUUCAUAUGCUGCUUCCAAAGGAGCAGUGUCCAACCUGACUCGUUCCGUUGCAUUGGACUACGCAAAAGACGGUAUCCACUGCAACGCCAUCUGUCCUGGCUACACUGAGACAGCCAUCUUCGCCGACACCAUCAAGAUGCACGACAAGGAAAGCAUCCGCGCAAAGCAUCCACUGCAUGGAACAGGUACACCACAGGACCUUGUGGGCGCAGCCAUCUUCCUCGCGAGUCAAGAGGCAAGAUGGAUCACUGGGGUGUGUCUGCCGGUUGAUGGAGGAUACACAGCACAGUAG